CUCGAGCAGCAAAAGCAAGGCGGCCAACGACGAAAGACGACAACAACCCAAGCAAGCAAACAAGGCAAUGGCGGACGCACCUCCCCCCUACUCCCCGACACAAAACAACGCCGCCAUCCCGACGGCGACACCAUACACAGCGCCUGGCCCACAACAAGGGUACCCGCCCCAGGCUGCCUACCCGCCCCAACAGCAGGCACCAUACCAAGGGUAUCAGUAUCAGCCGCAGCAGCAGCAGCAGCCGCCGGUCGUUGCGCAUCAACCCACCGGCCAACUGCAAGGCAGGGAUCGCGAGACUGCGGAACGGCGGGAACGGGAGCAGCGACAAACAGACACUGCGCUUGGAUUGGCGUGUGGCGGCUUCCUGUGCUGCCUCUGCGUUGGCGUUGAUCGUGCAGCGGCGAUGGGCCGCAAUGUUGCUGACUUCCUGCUCUGCAUGCACGUGGACUGCUGGGGCUUCUAACCCACGCGCUAAAUUGCCCCUCGGCCGCCUGGCACACUUGCACACUGUUUACAACAGUGUUUUCCCGUCUUGUGCUCACUUUGACAUCAUCAUCAUCAACACCAAUAACAAUAACAAUAACAAUAACAACGUUGCCGUGUUGCUUGAGAUCUGAUAUCUUCUUCUUCUUCUUCUGCUUCUUCUUCUUCUUCUUCUUCCGUGUUACACCACGACACUCGCUUCUCGUUGCCUUACUUUCGCCUUUGCUUCUUCUCCUGCUUCUUCGCUUGCUUUGUCGCGUUCAACGAACCCCAGCAACAAAGCAACAACACAUGACAUGAACGAGUGUUCAUGUGUGUGUGUGUGUGUGUGUGUGUGACAUGACAGCCGCAACAAAGCACAUACAUCAUCCAACCAAACCUCCGCUGCCCGACAUAUUUGGACACGACACCAUAUAAAUUCGCG